UUCCUUACACAUCUUACACAUUUUACACAUCUUACACAUUCGUUUUUAUAAUAAAAAAAACCAUGGAUUUUUCGGCUUAGAUUGUUAGAAAAGUUUUUCACGUGUUUAAAUAAAUAAAUAAAUUCAUCAUGUGAUGCUCACAUGCUUACCCCGGACCGGGGAAGAGGAUAUUAUAGAUACUAUACAAGGAUUAACUUUAUCCAAAUUUUGGCGAAAUUUUGUACACUACUACCUUUAGGGAGAUUAUGCGUUAAUGUAUUUUGGUACGUUCUUUUUGUCGAAAUUCUAUUUGUCUCACAUUACAUUAAAUUCACGUGUAACUACUUACGAUUGGUUAAUUAUCACGUGAGGUUAUAUUUUUUAAGUUUUACAUACCAAAAUUUUUAAGUACUAAAUCAGGUUAAGUAUUAUGAUCAAAUAGAUCAGAUAAUCGGAGAGGAAUGAUUUUAUUCUUUUUUUGUUCAUUUUAAUAAAAAACCACUCGGGUAACUUGCAUAUAGCCAUAUAGCCAUAUACUGUACGGGGAUAUUACAGAGAGUAAAGUAUAGUGAGUGAUGUUUCUAGUAAAAUAAAAUGAAUAAAAUGAAUAAA